AUGGCAGAAACGUUGAUCAAGCCAGAAGAGCAUCACAAUGCUGGGUCCAUUGAGUUGAAGGACAACACUGUCAUCAUUGUCCUCGGUGCCUCUGGUGAUCUCGCAAAGAAGAAGACCUUCCCAGCCCUCUUUGGCCUUUACCGUAACCAAUUUCUCCCUAAAGAUAUCAAAAUCGUCGGAUAUGCACGCACAAAGAUGGACCACGAGGAAUUCCUCAAGCGGGUCAAGUCCUACAUCAAAACUCCUACGAAGGACAUGGAGCAACAACUCCAGGAAUUCUGCGAUGUCUGCACCUAUGUAUCUGGACAAUACGACAAGGACGAGUCAUUCGAGGAACUGAACAAGAAACUUGAGGAGCUUGAGCAGGGACAAAAGGAGACCAACCGAGUAUUCUACAUGGCGCUGCCUCCCAGUGUCUUCACAACCGUGUCCCAACAUCUAAAGAAGUGCUGUUACCCCAAGAGUGGGAUUGCGAGAAUUAUUGUAGAGAAGCCUUUCGGAAAGGACCUGGGUAGCUCAAGAGAGUUGCAGAAGGCUCUGGAGCCAAACUGGAACGAGGAGGAAAUCUUCCGCAUCGAUCACUACCUUGGAAAGGAAAUGGUCAAGAAUAUCUUGAUCUUGCGAUUUGGCAACGAGUUCUUUGGCGCUACCUGGAACCGAAAUCACAUCGACAACGUGCAGAUCUCCUUCAAGGAGCCAUUUGGCACUGAGGGCCGUGGUGGAUACUUCGACGAGUUUGGUAUCAUCCGAGAUGUCAUGCAGAACCAUUUGCUCCAGGUUUUGACUCUUUUGGCUAUGGAGAGGCCCAUCUCAUUCUCCGCAGAAGACGUUCGAGACGAGAAGGUCCGUGUUCUGAGAGGUAUACCAGCGAUUGAGCCAAAGAACGUCAUCAUCGGUCAGUAUGGCAAAUCCCUUGACGGAAAUAAGCCAUCUUACAAGGAGGAUGAUACUGUACCAAAAGACUCGAGAUGUCCGACUUUCUGUGCGAUGGUUGCAUUCAUCAAGAACGAGCGCUGGGACGGUGUACCAUUCAUCUUGAAGGCAGGAAAGGCACUCAACGAGCAAAAGACCGAGAUCAGAAUCCAAUUCAAGGAUGUAACAUCCGGUAUCUUCAAAGAUAUUCCGAGAAAUGAGCUGGUUAUGCGCAUCCAACCCAAUGAGAGUGUCUACAUCAAGAUGAACUCCAAGCUUCCAGGUCUGAGCAUGCAGACCGUUGUUACGGAACUCGACUUGACCUACAGACGCCGUUUCUCAGAUCUGAAGAUCCCCGAAGCGUAUGAAUCUCUCAUCCUUGAUGCCUUGAAGGGUGACCACUCCAACUUUGUACGUGACGACGAGCUAGAUGCUAGCUGGAGAGUCUUCACCCCUCUUCUGCACUACCUCGAGAACAACAAGGAGAUCAUUCCCAUGGAGUACCCAUACGGAUCCCGCGGCCCUGCUGUUCUUGACGAUUUCACCUCUUCUUACGGCUACAAGUUCUCCGAUGCAGCUGGCUACCAAUGGCCAACCACUCAGACCGCGCCAAACAAGCUGUAG